AUGGACCUGCUCGACCUCACUCCCGACGACAGUAAAACAUACACCUGGGCUGUCCAACCAGGUUCUCGCAAACAGCUCCAAGCCCUUGGCCUCCCAACCUGCACUCAUGCUCGCGAGCUUGGAGGAGUUCUGUCGUUCGGUCGUGCCACUCGCAAUGCCGCUCUUGUUGAGCAUUGCCACGACACUGCUGAGUUGUUUGCUCGCCUUAGGCGCUCCCCGGCCCCACUGCGGCAUACAGUUUUUGCCUUGCCCAGAAAAGUCUGGGCCCGGGCCCUGCACGGCAUUUCCAUCUGUCCUCUGUCCGAGGCUCAGGUUCACUCUUUGCGUUGCUCGGCAGUCAAGGCCCUUCGUGUGUGCCCUGCAGGCUGCAGUGCCCUUCUCAGGCUCUCUAUCCACUCUGAUCUCGAAGCCGAUCCCAGCUUCUACCAAUUGUGGGUCGUUGUCCGCGAUCUUUGUCCGGAUCUUUCUGGUAACUUUGCCUCCACGGCCACAGGCCCAGGGAUUCAGCAUUUGUUCACUGAUGGAUCCUGCAUUUAUCCCGAUCUGCCCGAGUUGGCUUUGGCAUCCUGGGGCACAGUCAAUGCAAGUUCGGGCCAGCUUAUUGGCAGUGGGCCGGUUCCAGGUUUGGCCCAAACGAUUCCGAGGGCUGAAAUGUGGGCGGCGAUUUGCUCUCUCAAAUGGGGUCUCUUUUGCCUCGUCUCCGUCAUCAUCUGGUCUGACUCCGCCUAUGUGGUGAGAGGCAUUCGUGCCAUUUUGGCGAACGCCUUCGUGCUUCCUCGGGAAAACUCUGAUUUGUGGGCCUUGAUCUUUGACCUGACUGCGCAAUACGACCCGGGUACACUGCAAGCUCAGCACGUCCCUUCACAUAUUGAUGUUCAGGCCUGUGACUCGCCUCUCGAUGAGUGGUUGGCUUUCUGGAACGACAAAGCCGACCGGCUUGGCGCCCAUGCCAACGGCAAUCGGGGGCUCAAACUUGCCGGCGCGCGCCAAGCUGCUGUCUCCUUCUACUUCGAGCAGACCGCCAUCUUGGAGGCCCUGUUUCUGGUGUACUCGCGCAUCGCCGACUCCACCAGCGCCCGGGCCAAGAGGCCGCACAACGAGCCUGUCUCCGCUUUGCAGACGAGAUUCCGCUCGACUGGCUACACCAAGUUUCACUUGCAUGUCAGGCUUUUCCCAGCCUCUUUGUUCGUAAGAUCUUUGAUUUUUUUUACUUACGGGACGCUGCCUCCCCAGAAUGCUUCAGGCUCAGCUGGUUUGACCUGGUGGUGA